CGGUUUGGUUCCUUGUCUGUAGUUUUAGCUAAUCUGAUGCUGCUUUGCUGUAGCGCGCGCACAUCCCCGUCGAGAUGAUGACUGAAACGAAAGCGUUUUAUUUGUCGAUAGACCGCUGAAAAUGGCACGGCUUAAACACAUAUUGUUAUGUGUUCAGCACUGUGUGCUACAAGUCCACGAUGCCUGAAGAUCUUUAAAACCACUGUUCAAGGAGUUUUUGAUUCCUGUGGAAUCUAUACAUUUGGCGCCUCUUGUUUUUUUUUUUUUUUUUCUUCUUUUUUUUUUUCUUUCUUUUGACAAAACCUACCCACGUCCGUGAGAGCGUGGAUAUCUGAGAGUCUUGCCAGACAUCUUUUUUGGUCAACGAUGCCCGUACAAGCGCCACAAUGGACCGAGUUUCUGUUGUGUCCCAUCUGCACGCAGACGUUCGAGGAGAGCGUGCGCAAGCCCAUCAGCCUGGGCUGCGGUCACACUGUCUGCAAGAUGUGCCUGAAUAAGCUGCACCGCAAAGCCUGCCCUUUUGACCAGACUACCAUCAGCACGGACAUCGAGCUGCUGCCCGUCAACACGGCACUGCUGCAGCUCGUCUGCCCUCAGGUACCCAAGUCUCCGCCUGUCACCUUAGUGAAAGGAGCAGAGGACAUCAAGCAUUAUGAUGAAGCACGCACAUGUGUGGAGGAGCUGGCUCUCUACCUCAAACCCCUCAGCAACACCCGAGGUGUAGGGCUGGCCACUGCGAGUCAGAGUCUCCUCAGCAGACCCAUGCAGAGGAAGCUGGUGACCCUGGUACACUGCCAGCUAGUGGAGGAGGAGGGUCGUAUCCGGGCCAUGCGUGCAGCCCGCUCUCUUGGAGAACGUACAGUUACUGAGCUUAUCCUACAACAUCAAAACCCCCAGCAGCUCUCUUCCAACCUCUGGGCUGCUGUUCGAGCACGUGGCUGCCAGUUCCUCGGCCCUGCUAUGCAGGAGGAGGCUCUAAAGUUGGUGCUGUUGGCGUUGGAGGAUGGCUCACCUCUAUCCCGCAAGGUUCUGGUUCUGUUUGUGGUCCAGAGGCUGGAGCCACGCUUCCCUCAGGCUUCAAAAACAAGUAUAGGGCAUGUUGUACAGCUUCUGUACAGAGCCUCAUGUUUUAAGGUGACUAAGCGAGAUGAGGACUCCUCUCUGAUGCAGUUAAAGGAAGAGUUCAGGACAUAUGAGGCUUUGCGGAGAGAGCACGACUCCCAGAUCGUCCAGAUCGCCAUGGAGGGAGGCCUGCGUAUUGCCCCUGACCAGUGGUCCUCCCUACUCUAUGGGGAUCAAUCCCACAAGUCCCACAUGCAGUCCAUCAUUGAUAAGUUGCAGACUCCAGCCUCUUUCGCUCAGAGUGUACAGGAGCUCACCAUUGCUCUGCAGAGAACAGGAGACCCGGCCAACCUCAACCGCCUCAGACCACAUUUAGAGCUGUUGGCAGACAUCGACCCAAGCCCAGAUGCCCCGGCCCCUACAUGGGAGCAGCUGGACAAUGGGCUGGUGGCUGUAAAAACAGUAGUGCAUGGGCUUGUGGACUUCAUCCAGAACCAUAGCAAGAAGGCAGGAGACCCACAGCAGGCUCCUCAGCACAGCAAGUACAAGACAUAUAUGUGUAGAGACAUGAAGCAGAAGGGUGGGUGUCCCAGAGGAGCCAGCUGCACCUUUGCCCAUUCCCAGGAAGAACUCGAAAAGUUUCGUAAGAUGAACAAGCGUCUGCCUUUGAGGAAGCCCCUCAGCCAGUCGCUUACCCACCUUAACGACAUGGACGUAGCUUGCAGCCCAGGCCUUCUGUCUGAUGAGGGAUUGGUUGUGGAGGGUCUGGCCCACAAACCUUCCCUAGUCACUAAUGGCAUUCUCCCAGUGCCACCUGGAUCAGAGCUCACACAUCUGAUCUCCCGUGGAUCAGCAGCACCCUACGACACGGCUCGAAAGCUGGGAAAACCAGACACUGGCAGUCUCAGUGCUCCUGAGUCAACUCCAGAUUCACUGGACUCUAAUCCUAAAGUGGUGAUGACUUCAUCUCAUCCUAAAGUCCAGAGAGACAGUCUGGCUGGACACACACUGUCUGCGGUCUCCAGAGUUGCUCAGAUACAGCAGUACCCUCCACAUCAGCCUGAAGCCUAUUACCCAGAAUCCAGAGUACCACCACCUGCUUCCCAAUACGAGUCCUCUCAGUAUCCCACUGGCAACUCCUAUGCAUAUCAGCACUUGCAGCCUCGCUACACUCGCCCACCAGUUGACCCUGUCUUGGCACAAUACCCAGACCCCUAUCCUGUCUCCUACGCCCCUGAACGCCAGUACCCUGCUUCGCCAUCUGACCCUCGCUACAACUACCACGACAGUCGCCGCCAUGCACCUUAUGGAGGCCACCCUCCACUCCCACCAUACACUCGAGAUGAGCUGGGUCACAGGAGUCCUGUCCCCUUGGAGAUGCCCCCACCACAGGCACCAACAGCAGGAGCCUCAUCCUCCUACCUCCCAGAAUCACGGGAUCGGUACGGCUCUGAGGGUUAUAACCACUCCGGCCACAACAGCCCUUACAGUGGCAGGAGUGCCUAUGCCCGGCCACAGCCCAGCCUGGACUACCUGCACCGUCGGAGGAAGGAAAUCAUGGCCCAGCUAGAGGAGCGGAAAGUUGUCUCUCCUCCUCCCUUUGCCUCCUCUCCAAAUCUGUCCCAUACUUAUGACCCCAGUUAUACGCAAGAUGUCAGGGGGCAAAACCAUUAUAUGGGAGAGAAACCUCCAGCAUUCCAGAACAUCAGAGAACCUGAAUAUGCAGCUUCAUACUCUCCAUGGUCAUGUGACACUUUUGUUCCUUACAUCGGCACCAAGGACAUGAAGUCCAAAGAUUGUCCUGCCACAGGCUACAUGGAGAUGAAGACUAUAGAAAAAAGCUUGAGAGAUCCAGCUCUGGAGCUGCAGCGUCGAGCAGCAGAGGUCAAAGACGAUGACCCGAUCAUCCCAUUUGGCUCAUUGCCCACCAUCUCUCGCUUUGGAGCCAUAUCUCGCACGUCCAAAUCAGGAUAUCAGCCUGCUGGCCUUGUUCCAGGCCCCUCAGCCAAACACACUGCAAAUGCAGUUGAUUACAGCUACGGGAAUCACGGAGGAUGGGGUGAAGCCUCUUAUGCCCAGCACCAAACCAUGCCAUCUCAGGGACACUUCAAUGAGCGUCUGCCCCCUGCUGCACAAGACAGGGAACAGCUGAAGAUGGAGCUCCAGCAGGUCAACCAACAAAUCACGCAACAGACUCGCUAUAUAGAGAGGGAACCAGGUUCAGCAGCUGGCCAAGUCGCUCCAGUGGAGUGGUCAACAGCUAGUGUUUCCAGCGAGCAGCUGAGCAUAGAGUUGCACCAGGUGGAGAGAGAGAUCGGCAUAAGGACACGUGAGAUAGCCAUGGAGGCAGCUGGCAUGAAAUACAAGCUGGUAGCAGGAAGUGAGAAUGGACAGAGUGAGCACAGUUUACAGCGGGAGGAUCACCACCUAGCCCUGAGUGAGGGAUCAAACGGUUCCGGUUCUGUGGUGCAGGACCGUGGUUUGGGCAGCACCAGCAUGCCGUCCUUGACCAGCAAGACAUCCUCACUCAGCCUGUCAUCUGAACUGGUGGGCAGCAGUCCGGAUCUGGCAAAGAACGGGGUGGCUCACGUCUGCACAUAGUUUGUCUUCAGCUAGAUGCUACCUUUAUGAGCUGGUCUCUUUGUCUCCCUCUCACUUUUUCACCCUCACACACAAACACACCCAGUCUCUACACUCUGAGUAGAAAGUUAUAUCUCAAGAUCACCUCCAAUUUGCAGAGGCUACAAUAUACCACCAAACCUUCAUUAAUGAACUAUUUAACAAACUCCACUCAUAUUGGGUCACUUUUUUCUUUGCCACCGCAGUACUGGGAUGUUGAGCAUUCCAUAUAUCCAAUGCCUUUAGCUGCAUUUCUUACCACUGCUUGUUCAAAUAAUUCAGAAAUGACGAGUCCUACUUGCUCACAACACCUACAGGAACUUACAGGAAUAGGAAUUAGCAGCAUCUGCCUUUUUCCCUUCUGUGAAUGUUUUUUUUUUUUUUUUUUUCUUUCCCUCUGAUAAAUUCUUUCAUUGCCUUAAUGAAUCUUUCAGACUAGAGCAUUCAAGAAACAUUUUACAAGUAUGUUUACUUGCAAGUCAAACCAGUAAUAUUAUUUUAAUAACGAAAAGUAAUACUCACAUGCAGUAGACUCAGACUACAUUCUUAGUAGUUACGUUAUCAUUCAUGAUGCUGACUUUUCACGGUUGAAGUUUACAUUCUGCACAGUACUCUUGUGAAUUUUCUUACAAUUUCUGUAGGAGCCUCCUGUCGUGCUGCAUAUAUAGCAUAUUAGUAACGGAUGGAUAUGAUAAACAUUGCCUGUUCAAACUAACAUUUAGUCAAAACCAGACUGUUAUCUUGAGUUGAAGCUAGUAUUGUUGCCCCUCAGCUUCAUAUACGAUUGGUCAGUGUUCAGGCAACGUGGCUUUGCUCAGUAUCUUACCAAAACAUAACUCGGGCCCCGCCUACACGUAUACAGAUGUGUGUGUACAUAAAAAAAAAAAAAAAAAGCUGUAAUUUAAAAUGAACCCUUUUGAAAACACUCUCAAGGCUGGAGAAUUUUUGUUAAUCUUUCGUGGAUAGGAAAACUUUUCUUGGUUACCCCUAUUGCGAUUUGGUGCGUACCACUCAUCCACGAUGGCGCUGCGGAUGGCGGCCUCAGUGCUAAUGCGCAUUUCGUCUUGUAGGACUUUUUAAAAAAAAAAUAUCUGCCAACCAGUUUGUUUAUGUGCUGCAUUUUCUUUCAAAUUGAAAUUAAAUGAAAAAAAGAAUAGGAAAAAAACCCACCCUCAUGCGAAGGAGAAUAUGAUUGCGGUAUGGCUUCCAAAUACACCACUGCAGGGCUACAGUUCUAUACUGUGAACAUCCUGUGAGGUUUCACGUACGAUUUUUUUUUUUAUACGAGUGUUUGAGUGUGACAUUGAAGCAGAACUUCCAUUUCUGUCAGUCCAUGCAUAUGAAUGUCCGUGUUUGAGUUUGAUUUGUUUUGUUGUAGUAAUUUUGGCCAUGGUGGUAUUUUUCUACACAUUGCCUUCUCUACUACUCAGUAUGCAGAGUAUGUUAUUCUUGGCAAGAUUUCCACAGCAGUUUGACAUCCCUGUAAAAAUUUAUAUUGAAUUUAAAUACGAGAUCCAUGUGAGCUUUUUACUUUAAGCUUUUUUUUAAGUUGCUGAAUGUCAAACGGAGAUCUCGAAAACAGACAAAAAUAUCUGUAUACGUAUGAACGGUGCCUCAGUCUUGUUUCCUGUCUAUUUCAUGCCAUGUAGCUGGGCAUGCUCAUGAGUCGGACAGACAGUCCAGGUUUUACAUGUUAUUUCACAAUUCCACUCAAUGCUAGCUCAGUUUGAAGUUUGUGACGACAUUCUUCCAUGCCGAAAUUAAGACUCUGCUCUUGAACCGACCUACAAAAUCUGUUUGCCUUACUGGAGAAAAACGGCCAAAUUCUUACUGUUUUAUUUGGCUAUAUAUAGAUUUCUUUCAUUUCCCAGAAGCUGAGCUUCCAAAAAAUUGCUUUGCUUCAUCAGAGGUGGUCAGAAAUGUCUAAAGCAUGUGGACAGGGCCAGAAAGCCACUCAUCAGUUGUAGCCAAUUGCACUUGUUUUUUAUUUAUAUACUUAGUUUUAUUACUUUUUUAGAUCAUGUACUAACAUACCUCUCAGCUUUAAUGUUUUUAACCAGGGAUAUUUACAUGUUUCAUCCUGAGGAUGGAAAAAAAAGCCUAAGAGAGAAACUGAAAG